AUGGAGCUCACAGAUCUGGUUAUUGCCAUGGAGGACUGCAGGAAUGAAAUGGUUAGAGAGCCCCACUCGAUCACCUGGAAGUUGGAGAAGGAAAAGUCCUUGGUCACCAUAGUGGCAUCUGCUUUCCAGCAAGGGAACAUUUCAGGCCACCUACUAGAGAGCCAGUGCCUCCCCUGUGGUCCUGGGAGCAAAGGGCGCUGCUUCGGACCCAGCAUCUGCUGUGGCGAAGAGCUAGGCUGUUAUGUGGGCACCGCCGAGACCCUGAGGUGCCAGGAAGAGAGCUACCUGCCCUCCCCGUGCCAGUCUGGCCAGAAACCCUGCGGAAGCGGAGGGCGCUGUGCGGCCAGCGGGAUCUGCUGCAGCAGCGAUGGCUGUGGAUUGGACCCUGCUUGUGAUCAAGAGCCCAUAUUUUCCUAG